AUGAAAGCAAUGGCGGUUGUCGUACGCUGUUCCUGCUUCCUCUCUCCUCCUCACUCCCCACUCCCUCAAUUCUACUCCAACACCACCAAUCUUCACCUUUCAGGAAAAUUCACUUGUCUUUCAUUAAAAGUAGACAAGGUUGUGCCACUCUUUAAAGAUGCUUUUCAUGGAACUUCUAAAACUCCAACUCUGCUUCACUGUUCAAACUGUAAGGAAGACAUGCCUCAAAGAUUCCCUUUGCCGUUGAUUCUUGCGAGCAAUAUUUUGAUGUUUUCAAUGCCUUGUAAAGCUUUGGCCGAAACAUGUGAAGCUGAUAACUCUAUGUUUAGUAUGCCUAUACUGCUAGCAGUAGCCCUCAUUGGAGCCACGGUAGGAGGGUUGGUCGCGAGACAAAGGAAAGGAGAAUUGCAGCGAUUAAACGAGCAGUUACUCCAGAUCAACGCAGCUUUAAGGAAGCAAGCCAAAAUUGAAUCGUAUGCUCCGACUUUGAGCUAUGCUCCCAUUGGUAGUGGUAGAAUACCUGAUAGCGAAAUUAUUGUCGACCCAAAGAAACAAGAACUAAUUUCCAAGUUAAAAAGUGGAAAGAACUUUCUAAGGAAUCAACAGCCAGAUAAAGCGUUCACGGAGUUUAAGUCGGCGCUCGAGCUUGCACAGAAUAUUAAGGAUCCUAUCGAGGAGAAAAAAGCGGCCCGGGGUCUAGGAGCUUCAUUGCAAAGACAAGGAAAGUACCGAGACGCUGUUAAAUACCAUUCAAUGGUUUUGUCGAUCUCCGAAAGAGAAGGAGAAAACUCUGGAAGCACAGAAGCUUUUGGAGCAAUUGCUGAUUGUUACACUGAGCUUGGAGACCUUGAAAAAGCAGGACAAUACUAUGACAAAUAUAUUGCAAGGUUGGAAAAGGACUAA